UCCACCCAGCUAUGCACCCGCUCUACCACUGACCUACACCCCCAGCUCCAGCGAAGAGUUUCUUUGUACGUAUUUAUGGAGAAGUGUCCCUGAAGCAUUCUGCCUCUGCCCACGCGGACAGCGGGCACUCGUGGAUGCACGUGGCCGGGGGGUUAUUCCCAAGCGGCUGGGGAGUGCAGCGGUCCGCGGCUUUGGGUUGAGUGGCCUCGGCUGGGAGACGGAGAGACAGAGCCUGCAGCAGCCAGCCGUGGGAGCCCACGGUCACUUGCCUUCUGAUGACACCCACGGAGGGGCGGACGAACAUGAAAUCCAUCCUGCCGUCCAAGCCGCCAUAGACCUCAUUGCGGGCGGCGCUGGGGGCUCAGCGUGUGUGCUGACAGGGCAGCCCUUUGACACCAUCAAAGUGAAGAUGCAGACAUUCCCCAACAUGUACAAAGGCCUCGCCGACUGCUUCCUAAGGACCUAUAACCAAGUGGGCUUCCGGGGUUUAUACAGGGGAACCAGUCCUGCACUGCUAGCCUACGUUGCCCAGAGCUCUAUCCUAUUCAUGUGCUAUGGCUUCUGCCAACAGUUUGUCAGGAAAGUGGCCGGAGUGGAUCAGAGCGCAGAGCUGAACGACUUCCAGACUGCCACGGCUGGGUCACUGGCCUCCGCUUUUGCUGCGCUGGCCCUCUGCCCCACUGAACUUGUGAAGUGCCGGCUGCAGACCAUGUAUGAAAUGAAGAUGUCAGGGAAGAUAGCACAAAGCUAUAGCACAAUUUGGGCUAUGGUUAAGAGUAUCUUCAUGAAGGAUGGUCUCUUAGGCUUCUAUCGUGGACUUCCCACCACUCUAUUUCAGGAAAUACCUGGCUAUUUCUUCUACUUUGGGGGCUAUGAACUCGGUCGAUCAUUUCUUGCCGCGGGAAGACCAAAGGAGGAACUAGGCCCUGUCUCUUUGAUGUUAAGUGGAGGCUUUGCCGGGAUCUGCCUCUGGCUUAUCAUAUUCCCAGUGGACUGUAUUAAAUCCAGAAUCCAGGUUCUUUCUAUGUCUGGGCAUCGAGUAGGAUUAAUCAGAACCUUUUUAAGUGUUGUGAGAAAUGAAGGAAUAUUAACCUUGUAUUCUGGAAUGAAAGCCACUCUGAUUCGAGCUAUCCCUUCCAAUGCUGCUCUGUUUUUGGUCUAUGAAUACAGCAGGAAGAUGAUGAUGAACAUUGCAGAAGAAUACUGAAGUGUUUUGAUGAAACCCUUGUCUAAGCACAUGAGUGUGAGGACCACGGCUCUAGAUAUCAAAGAGUUCAAGACCAACAUGGAGUUGUCUUUGACUGGGAAUUUUGGGUUUGUCCUCCCUUCCUCCAAAUCUCAAACUUGGUGGAGAAAUCUUGAUAUCCUAUGGUUUCUUUUCACAAGCAUACUGAAAUAGAAAAAUCACUGCUUUUGCUGGUGGUGGGAUCUGCAGGGUGAACCCAAGAGUCUAUGUACUUCAAGGUUAUCGGGGCUGCUUCAUAAACCUAUGUAACAUCUUGAAUGGUCAUGUGUUGUAAGUGAAACCUAGUUUGGUUCCCUGUUUAGUGUCAAGUAUCACCACAACAUCUAGAGUUGAUCGUUUUUCAUGAUUAUAGGUAUUGCUUAAUCCAUUCAAGAUGUGGUUGUAGUUUAAAAUCUGUUUAAUAUGCACCACACUAGGCUGUUAAAGUUUUAAAGUCUUUAUGUGACAACCGAAACAUUCAUGUUGAUUUAUGAGAAGAGAAUGUACCUGUGUAUCAGCAUGGCUUCCACAAUCUUGAGUAAAAUUUCAGAGUAGGCAUCCAUCCUGGAUUUUCUACUCCAGUCUUAGAUAGUGUGGAUUUCACUUUCAAAGUAUGGUUACUAUUCUACACCCCAAUAGUAUUGUUAGGUGGGGCCUUGUGUAUUAGGCCUUUGGGAAGUGGUGUGGCCUUUGCUGGCACCCCUUCCCUCUCUUUUCCAAAGAAGCCAGGUGUUAGAUUGAGGAAAGAGAUAAAGGCAUGGGGCUGUGAAACCGUGCUUAGAUGAGCCAUGUAGAUCAGUGGUCUCCACCUGUGGGUCCCUUGACCCUUGUGGGGGGUGUUGAACAACCCUCUCACAGGGGUUGCAUAUCAGAUAUUUAUAUUACGAUUCA